AUGACAGAUCGUGCUCUCCAAGACUAUUCACAAUCACAAGCACUCAUCCCAGAUCGUCAAGUCACUUCCCAAGCUCAAUCACUAACCACUCAAAACUCUAUUCUUUCAAUAGAUAACAUAGACAAUCUACCGGUCCAGUUCAAUAAACGUCUCUUUCUCAUAAUCAUCUCUUCCACCAUAGGAGGUCUUCUGUUUGGCUACGAUACAGGCAUAAUCUCAGGUGUGUUGGCAAACUUACAACCAAAUGAUAUCUCCCUUAUUGACCUGUCGAACUUCCACAAGGAACUAAUAACUUCCAUGACCAGCUUGGGUUCAUUCCUCGCCUCUCUUAUCGCUUUCGCCUUGGCGGAUCAUUACGGAAGAAAAUUCACCCUUGCAUUAUGCUCCUGCAUCUUUAUCAUAGCGUCUUUGUGGAUGGCUCUGUCCACCACUCUCACUUACCUUGUCAUCGGUAGAUUCAUAGUAGGCUUGGCUAUAGGAACGGUGGCCCAAUGUAUUCCUGUCUAUCUGAGUGAAAUGGCGCCGGCACCCAUUAGAGGUAAGAUCCUUACGUUAAACGUCGUCUCGAUUACAUUCGGCCAAUUGUUCUCGUAUGCUAUUGCGAUUUGUCUAACAAUACCUCACGCUUGGAGAUAUCUGUUCGCGUUCGCGGCUAUUCCGGCAAUCGUCUUCCUAUUAGUUUUGGAUUUCAUACCAGAAUCUCCUAGAUGGUUAUUAUCUCAAAAUAACACUACCGAUGCAAUCAAAACAUUAUCAAUCAUCUACCCAACUGCCACUACAACCCAGUUGAAUUUCAAAAUAAAACUCUUGCAAACAAACAUUACAACAGGCCCCACCACUUCUCUCAAAGAACUCACUGCUCCAACGAAAAGAGCGUUGUUUGUUGGGUGCACCCUCAUGCUUUUCCAACAAAUCUCAGGGUUCAAUGCGUUCAUGUAUUACACCGCGACAAUCUUUAAAGAAUUACAACCUUCUCAAAACCCUUUACUCCCAGCAUUACUCAUUGCCGCCACAAAUUGUCUUUUCACUUGUAUUGCUUUGUAUUUCAUCGAUUCCGUUGGACGUAGAACCAUCUUAUUAAUCACCAUCCCUUUCAUGACGUUUAGUCUAAUGAUCAGUAGCAUUGCAUUCCGUAAUAACGAUACUCAUCUGAUUCUCACUUCAUUAUGCCUCUUUGUCGCCUCGUACGCCCUAGCAAUGGGGUAUAUCCCCUGGAGUAGUGUAGAAUUCUUACCCUUGGAUAAGAGAGCCUUUGGAUCUUCAUGCAUUUCAUGUACAAAUUGGUUGAGCAAUUCUCUCAUUUCCAUUUCUUUCUUAACCACUAUGAAAUCCUUUGGUUCGGAAAAUACAAUGCUUUGCUUUACUUUUAUUACCAUCAUGAAUUGGCUAUUUGUUUGGAAAUUUUAUCCAGAAGUUAAAGGGUUGUCUUUGGAAGAGAUUGCUCAUAUCUUCAAAGAUGGUAUAGAUAUUCAUUAUGUAUAUAGAAAUUAUCAUUCUACAUGA